AUGCGCCUUUCCUCCUUGAUUCCAUUCCUGGCUGUUGCCGCUGCGGCCCCGUCCGAGAAGCGAUUAGCACCUAUAAAUACAGGAUACGGCAACAUCAUGCCUGAUCACUACAUUGUUAAGCUUUUCGACGGUAGCGCUGUGCGUGGCGCAUCCAGCGCAAUGGCUCUUCUUGACGAAGAGCCUUCACAUGUCUAUGAAAGAGUUAUGCGAGGCUUUGCCGCCAAAAUCUCACCAGAGACACUGGAGAAGCUGCGCGCCCACAGCGACGUCGAGUACAUCGACCACGACGGAUGGGGUGAGGCUGCUGUUGAGCCUGGUUGGAACGAGACGCAGCCAGUCUCCCUUGGAGAGGCCGUGGAUAAGAAGACACAGGCCGAUGCUCCUUGGGGUUUGGGUCGCAUCUCUGCCAAGUCACCGGGCGCCAAAGACUACGUUUACGACUCUUCUGCCGGCGAGGGCACCUGCUCAUACAUUCUGGAUAGCGGCGUAGACACCAAACACGAAGACUUUGAAGGUCGAGCCUCCGUUGGCAAAACGUUUGUGGGUAGCGCAGGCGACAGGUUGGGCCACGGUACCCACUGCGCCGGCUCUGUUGGCGGCAAGAUCUCUGGUGUGGCUAAGAAGACUAAGAUUAUCGAUGUCAAGAUCAUUUCUGACAAUAACAGUGUGCAAUGGGCUCAUCUGAUUUCAGCAAUGGAGUUUGUCGUGGGCGAUAGCACGUCGUGUCCCAAGGGUAAGUUUGUCAACCUGUCCAUCCAAGGAGGGCCCAACAAGAGUGCCAACGACGCGUGCACCAAGGCCUCCAAGGACGGUGUCUUUGUUGGCACCGCCGCUGGUAACGCCAGUAAAGAUGCUGCGCAGAGCUCGCCUGGUAGCGCGGAUGAGGUCUGCAACACGGGAGCUACAGAUGACAAGGAUGCCAAGGCUAGCUUCUCCAACUUUGGAGCUAAGCUCGCCAUCUGGGGCCCUGGUGUUGGUAUCAUGUCGUGCAAGCCUGGUGGUGGUAUGACUGGCAUGUCAGGCACCUCGAUGGCUGCUCCUCAUAUCGUUGGUCUCGCCGCUACCUUGGCUUCCAAGGACGGCGGCAAGGGCUUUGAGCUCUGCAAGAAGAUUGUUUCCAUGGCACACCAGGGCUUGGUUAAGAACCCAGGUGGCGGCUCGCCCAAUGUUUUGGCUUAUAACGGCAUGGCCUAA